GCAAAGAGUCGAUGCUCAGAACCCAGCUACAGACCUGAAAAACCCCAUUUAAAGAGAAGAAGAGUGAGAGAUACACCAUACGUUACAAUGAGUCUGGCUGUCCUUUUCUUACUGACCGCCGCAAUAGUCUGUGUUCUGGCAGGUGUCGAACAGCAGAGACUCCAUGAUGAGGGCUAUGCUAAUUUGGAGGAGAAAAUAGACGAUAUUGUGGAUCAAAUGAAGGAACUAAAAGAUAUCGUCAAAACGCAUAAACUGGUCAUCAGUAAAAUGAAGGUUCUAGAAGAGACGGUCAAAAGGCAAGCAGAGCUCAUUGAAAGUAUUCUUUCUGAGAAACAGCAGCGGGUGGCAGAGAAACAGUCCCUGAAGACAAGUGUCAAAAGCCAUCAAACGUUGUUCCCGCCAGCGGAUGACAUAUUUUCAACAGACGGUCUUGUAUAUGAGAAAGAUGCUGUGCAUCAGUCACCACAACUGGGAGAAGAAAUUCUUGGCAGUGAGAAACAAAAGCCUGGUGUCUUUGUUAGGUCUGAUGACAGCGACCCUCUGUUACCAGUGGUGACUCAGUUGACACAAAAGGUUAGCGAAGUCAGUGCCGGUCUGCAGGCUCUGAAGGACGAGGUAGAUACCAAUUUACAGGCUCUGAGAAACGAAGUCCGUGCAGGUCAGCGAGAAUUGAAAACCGAGGUUUCCGAAGCUUCCACUUCAGUCUUUGUACGGUGGGGAAGCUCCUCGUGUCCAGAAUCUGCUGUCCUCGUCUACUCUGGUGAAGUGGGAGGGUCUAGUAUUAUGGCCACAGGAGCAGCAGUCAACUACCUGUGUCUGCCCCUCUCUAACCUCACCUUGACGGAUACCCGUGUGCAAUUCGCUGCGCAGCUUUACGGAGCUGAGUACCAGACUGAAGAUGGUCACCAUAAUAAAGACGCCUUGUGUGCGGUGUGUCGAUCGUCACGUGCCACUAACGUGAUGAUUCCGGCGACGACUGUCUGUCCGGCUGGCUGGACCUCAGACUACAGCGGGUGGCUGAUGGCAGGAUGGAUCGGACACAACGCUGCCUCUGAAUUCAUCUGCGUGGACUCCAAUAUGGAGGAGAGGAUAGCCAGUGAGCAAGAUAAUGAUGGUAAACUCUUAUACUACACAACAACUCUUUGUGGGAGCUUGCCAUGUCCUCCUUACGUUACCGGAAAGAGAGUGUCCUGUGUUGUCUGCUCCAAAUAGUAAGCUAUAAAUGCAAGAACAGACGGUUGACAAAAGCUCGCUACCAACUGCGUUGAAUCAAUUUUAAAUGUAUGGCCGACAUUGUUAAUUACAAUACUGAACACAUUCAAGCAGUCUGUGAAAAUAAGUUUAUCAGUGAAAAAUCAAAAGAACGAACAAUGUAACAAUAAAAGUUCGCUUAUAUAUAUAUUGGUAUUGUUGCUGUAUGAGGUUGGUGAAUAUAAAAAGGAAAUAAAACAAGGUUCCAUUGCUAAAUAGACGUAUGAGCAGAGUACUUUAAGUGAUUAAGUGUCUAGAAUGAACACACCUUUCUCUAGCCACAGCAGCCUCAGAGCGCGUUACAAAUAAGAGUUCACUGGUAUAGCGUCAAAAGGACAAGCACAGGAAUAUCAAAUAAGAGUCCACUUCAAAACAUGAAGAUGAAGCGAUGAUGUGAGAACAGCACACAGUGGCGAUAGGCCAGUUUCUCUUGGGAAGAAUGCAGUAAGAAGAUGAAGCCAGGAGGAGAUCAGCGUGAAGAGUAGCACAUAGAAAAAUGUCAUCUUCAGCCAGUUAGCAAAAGAGAGGUCACCCCCAGUCAACUUCAGACUGGAUAUCAAUUAAAUAUCAAUAUAAUCGUUUGUUGUUCCAUCAUUUCAUCAAGGAAUCCAAGUAGACGACGUCAUCUUCAGUUACAUAUAUAUUAUUAUAUAUUAUAAUAUAUUAUUAUAUAUUAUUAUUAUGUAUAUUGUCUUCGCGUUGGAUUAAGAAAAAUGCUUCAUGUUUAUAUGUCACAAAACAAUACCAGAAUCGUUUUAUAAUACUUUAUUGUCUAUUUUCAGCGAUCUUUGCCGAGCCCUCGUGUUAGUCUUUAAAGUUAACUCCUCUGUGGUUGUUUCAAUAUGAGACCUUGUCUUUUUGCUAUUUACCUCCACAAACCUGACAAUGUUGUUAUACGAGCGGCUAUUGUUCGGAAUUUUUGAAUUUUGAACUGAUGAAAUAAUCAGGUUUCAUACAACACAAACUUGAGUAGUUAUUGUCUGUGAAUGGAGCGGGUAAUGAGGGUCGACUGUCACUUCUGAUAUUUCUUUGAUCUGAAACAAAAACUAAACAUCAGCAAGAAAUGUUGUCUGGUGAAUGCAGUGGAGCGAUUUCAGAUGAUGGUCUUGUAAAAAUCACAAAUUAGAUAUUAAUGUACAGCAAAAAA